CUCAAGUGUACAAGGGGACAAGGGAGAGACAUCAGGAGAAGGAAGGGCAGAAACAGAAGAGUGGCAAGCACUAGAGAAGACAAAACACGAAGACCGAGAAGCACUCGGGGAAACUGGGGACCGACGGGCAGAUCCUGGUUGCUGUGACGAUUGUGGCCAGCAGUGGACAUCCUGGUACCACUCACCCACCUGCCACCCCUGGGUGUCAGAGAGUGGCAGGGCAUGGCAGAUUCUUGCCGGAACCUCACCUACGUGCGAGACUCGGUAGGACCUGCCACCAGCACCCUGAUGUUCGUGGCCGGCGUGGUGGGCAAUGGGCUGGCACUGGGCAUCCUGGGUGCGAGACGGAAGUCACACCCAUCGGCCUUUGCAGUGCUGGUCACUGGGCUGGCGGUGACAGACCUUCUGGGCACGUGCUUCUUGAGCCCCGCAGUGUUCGUGGCCUAUGCUCGAAACAGCUCCCUGCUGGGCCUAGCCCACGGUGGGUCGGCGCUGUGCGACACGUUUGCCUUUGCCAUGACUUUCUUUGGCCUGGCCUCCACGCUCAUUCUCUUUGCCAUGGCUGUGGAGCGAUGCCUGGCACUCAGUCAUCCUUACCUGUACGCCCAGCUGGACGGGCCACGCUGUGCCCGCUUGGCCCUGCCUGGCAUCUAUGCUUUCUGUUGCCUCUUCUGCUCUCUGCCCCUGCUGGGCCUAGGCGAGCAUCAGCAGUACUGUCCCGGGAGCUGGUGCUUCAUCCGUAUGCGCUCCACCCAGCCUGGUGGCUGUGCCUUCUCCCUGGCCUAUGCCAGUCUCGUGGCCCUGCUGGUGACUUCCAUCUUCUUCUGCAAUGGCUCCGUCACUCUCAGCCUCUGCCACAUGUACCGCCAGCAGAGACGCCACCAUGGCUCAUUGGUGCCGACCUCUCGGGCCCGGGAGGAUGAAGUUGACCACCUGAUUCUGCUGGCCCUCAUGACAGGCAUCAUGGCUGUGUGCUCCCUGCCUCUCACGAUCCGAGGCUUCACCCAGGCCAUUGCCCCGGACAGCAGUGAGAUGGGGGACCUCCUCGCCUUCCGCUUCAAUGCCUUCAACCCCAUCCUGGACCCCUGGGUCUUCAUCCUUUUCCGAAAGGCUGUCUUCCAACGCCUCAAGCUCUGGCUAUGUUGUUUAUGUGCCCGUUCUGUCCAUGGGGACUUACAGACAACCCUUUCCCAGCCCUCAUUGGGGAGAAGAGACCCACUGGCUCCCACUGCUCUCCAGGCUAAGGAAGGGAACUGGGUGCCCCUGACAUCCUGGGGCACCGGGCAGGUGGCACCAUUGACUGCUGUGCCUCUGUCUGGGGGCGACAGCUGCUCUGUGGGCAAGCCAUCCAAAAGAGAAGCCAUGGUUGCUUGCUCCCUCUGCUGACAUCUAAGCUGGUCCUGCAUGCCAUCCUGGGCCCAGGGUCACAGGAUCAGAAGCCAGAAGAUCAGGGACUCAACUGAUGAUGGUGGGAGCCACAUAUCUAAUCCCCAAAGUCUGGGAGUGUCUGCUGCUGUUUUCCUCCUUUGGGACGGAGGCUACAGGCCUUGGGAAGAGGGCGAGGGAUGCUGGAGGCACGUUCUGUGGCUCUCAAGAAAGAUUCUCUCAAAAUAACUGGGGCCUGGCCAGGCUGCUCUGGCUCUGAGCUCUCCCAUCUAUCUCACUGUCCAAAUAUUUAGGAAGCAGAAAAGUUUCCAGUGGCUUCUGUGGACUCCAGUAUGCUGCUCCCCACUUCAACUAAAGGGACCCCUGGAUGCCUACCCUGGGUCCCCAGGGGACACACAGUCAUGCCCUGUCCCAAGCCAUUCCAGCAACCUCUCUCAGAACCGUUCCUGCCCUCCUCCAUUUCCCAUCCGCUAUCUGACUUGGGGUCCUCAACCGCAAAAGGAAAUGAGAAGGGAAGGCCACUGCUCUGCCGGUGACAUUACUGGACAUGUGUCUGGCACAGAAAUGGCCUGAGAAACACCACAGCUCGGGAGACGUAUGCUAUGUGAACUCUGGGGGAGGAGGCAGGGGGCAAGCCAGAGAUGGUGCUGAUGAAUGUCCCAAGCCUGUCUCUCCAUCCUGGAACAAACAACUGCCUCCUUUUAGAACUGGACCUCAACUCACCAUCUUCGGAACCACCACAAAGAUUUCACUCAUUCACUCAACAAACACCUGCGGGAGCCUGAAGGCAGCAGGCGUCCACUCUCCCCGGCCUCCAAGCAAAGAAGCCAGGGAGCCUGGGAAUGAGUUGACUAGCAUGAAGGGAAGUGACUCAGUCAGCUGGAGGGAGGGUGCACAGCGAUGCUCCUCACUGCUGCCCUGGUUCCCAUUUCUCAGCUACUCGGGUCACUCACCCUCCCACUCCAUCUGCUUGGCAGCAUAUUUACCAUAUUAACGGAGCCUUUAGGGGCAGCUGGGACCAAAGCCCAGAGAGGCCAAUCUCCUAGCCUGGUCACACAAUGGAAAUGUGGAGCAGUCUAUGUCUACCGUUUUCUUAGGCCUCUCUCUCAGCUUCCUUUUCAUUAUUAUCUGACAGGGAUGCUGUGAGGAUUGAAUGACACCCUCCCCCCAAAAAGAGCAACUCAGCACGGGACCUGGAAGGAAAUUGCUGUCAGUACUGUCAUAUGGGCAAGCACAAUUAGAGAACAAAGGGUUUGUUUUAACUUUUCUUACCCCUAGUAAAUAUGUUUCUGAUCAUUCUCAGGAAGAGGCAGGAGUGUCAGGAAACAGGUCAGCUGGGUGCAGAGGUGCAGGCCUGUGAUCCCUGCAUGCGUGUGCUCAGGCAGGAGGGGUGCAAUUCAAGGUCAUCCCUAAGUAUUACAUAGGGCAUUCAAGGUCAGCCUGGGGUAUUUGAGACUCACUCUCCAAACACAAGUAACAACGGAUAAAAUCAUAAAACAAGUUGGGCAUGGUGGUACACACCUGGGAGGCAGAGGCGGGCAGAUCUCUGAGUUCAAGGCCAGCCUGGUCUACAGAGCGAGAUCCUGGACAGCUAGGACUGUUACACAGAGAAAGCCUGUCUCGAAAAACCAAACCAAAUAACCGAACAAACAAAAUCAUAAAACCAACUAGGCUGAGGUGCUCUGUCUGAAGGUACUGGAAGGUACAGGAUGUCAGUAGCUGCUGACAGUAAAUGGUCUAAACACCAUUGAAUCUAUAAUUGUCUGUGAAUAGCAAAUGGUUAAAAUGGUCAUUUUUAUUUACGGGUAUUUUAACAGAAUAAAAAAAUGUAAU